AUGCAUCUCAAAAAUAACGGGACUUGUUCUCGAUAUUCCUCAGUAUCUCAGUCGUCUUUGCUCAACGAAGAAGUCAUGCAGUUGAUAGUGUAUUCAGUGUUCUGUAUUCUUGCAGUAUCAGGAUCACCGGCAUCUUAUGAUCAACGUCAAGAAGGCGAUCUAAACGUUCACGCAACUUUAAAAAAUCUAUAUUUCUUCAUACUGGUACCAAAUGUCGAACCACCAAAACCACCGGCUUCCACUUCCGAUGACUUAGACUCAUUUCCCAGUGUUCUGGAACAAUUGUUGGAGUUUAAAAAAAGCAAACCAGGAAAUGAAAUAAAAGGAAGUGAUUAUAAAAAUACAGAUAUGGUUUUCCUUGAAGAAGAUUUUAAACUUGGACGUGAUAUCCAUAAUGACACUACUGAGCAAGAGGAUAAAAAUAAAAAUAAAGAAAUUAAAAAUGUUGAUUCCAAUAAUGACACUGAGCAAGUGACUGAUUACGCAGAGUCUAAAUUACUUGGAGAUGGUAUCGAAAAUUGUGGACCUGGAAGAUUUCGCGAUCGUUUUGGUAUUUGUCAGUUUGUUUCUUCAUUAAAAAAUUAAAUUUUGUAACAAUAAAAUUUUUUUUUUUUACUUAGAAUAAGAUUAUUUUAUAAUAAUAAUAAUUAUUGAUGGUUGUAAUCGUAUUGAUAAAUAAAAGUAAAAAUAAAAAGUG